GAUACUUCGCAGUGGAACGCGCUGUGUGCUGGGGGGAAAACGUGUGGACGUGUGUUUAUCUCUAGUGUUAUGUAGAGAGUUUAAAGUUGUAAAAAUACAUGUAAAAACUGCAGUUAACCUGAUAAAUUAGUAGUUUCAAUAUAUAGAAGACACCGGAAGUGACGCUGGAACAAUCUGGAAGACAGCAUGAAGAAGAGCGAGCAGAAGAGUGAGGAGGCGUCGUCGGGGCAACCGGCAGCCGGCUACGUGAUUGGUCAGGUGUGUGGCAGUUUGUUCCAGGAGAAGUCUGCAGCCUCCGGGUCGCUGUCGUCUCUGUUCAGCAGCACCGCGCCAGCUGGACCUCUGCUGUUCCAGCCUGCUCCCAAGCUUGUUAAGAAGAGCCCAGAAACAACAGAGCCCCAGAAGCAAACUCCAGAGGUCAAAGGUCAGCCUCAGAAGAAGAAGAAGCUGCUGAAAGAGAAAACCGAAGCCGACCAGAAGCUGGAAAACAGGGAGAUCAGUUUACAGAAUGCCGACGAGGAGGAGGGAGGGCCAGGGAAGAAGAAGAGGAAGAGCAGCAAGAGGAAAGCGGAGGAGGAGCCGGGCGGAGAGCUCGAUGCCGAGCAGUGGGUGAUGAAGAGGCAGAGGCUGAAGGCCAGGAAAGAGGAGGAGGAGAGGAAGAGGAAGAGGACGGUGUUCGUGGGAAACCUGCCCAUCAGCUGCACCAGGAAGACGCUGCAGAGCCUCUUCAGGGACAAAGGAUCCAUCGAGUCGGUCCGCUUUCGAUCUGUGGUCCGAGAGGAUCCCGCCAUGUCCCGCAAAGUAGCCGCUAUCCAGCGUAAAGUCCAUCCCAAAAAGCAGAGCAUGAACGCCUACGUGGUGUUCAAAGACGAGGACGGGGUCUCCAGGGCGCUAGAGAGGAACGGCAUGGAGAUCGAGAAAGACUACCACAUCCGGGUGGACCGAGUGACGGACAGCUCGGCGCACGACCACAAGCGCUCCGUGUUCGUGGGGAACCUGUCGUUUGAGAUCAAGGAGCUGACCUUCCGGCGCCACUUUGAGAAGUGCGGCCCGGUGGAGGCUGUGCGACUGGUCCGGGACCAGAACUCAGGACUGGGCAAAGGCUUCGGCUACGUCCUGUUCGAGAGCGCCGACUCGGUGCAGCUGGCGCUGGAGCUGGACGGCAGCCAGCUGGAGGCCAGGGCCAUCCGGGUGAAGAGGUCCGUGAAGAAGGAGAAGCAGAAGAAGAAAACGGACGGAAAAGGUGCCGCGGGGAGGCCCGGCAAGGGCCCGGCGAAGGGCCCGGGACAGGAGAGAGGAGGAGGAGGCGCUCGGGGAGGCUUCAAGUCCCCGAAGAAGUUCUCGGGAACGCAGCCGAGGUCGGGCAGAAGCUCGGGCUCCUUCAAGGGAGAGAUGGUGGACCCCAACAAACCGAGCAAACAGAAAGGACUGAAGAAGAAGAAGAAGCCAAGGAAGCCCAAAAAGACCGUUCAUAUCUGAUAUCUGAUCCACGUUAAAGAUAGGAGUAAUUAGGCCUGGGAGGUGUGUGUGUGUGUGUGUGUGUGUGUGUGUGUGUGUGUGUGUGUGUGUGUGUGUGUGUGUGUGUGUUCAGUAUUUUCUGUAUUAUUGUGUUGAAAUGAGAUGAUUCCCUGGUUAUCCCUUUAAUAAAUGAACUAAAAGAAGA